UUGACCUAGUUCCCAUGCGCUAUCACAACCGUGCACAUUUCAUUGCUGUCAAGAUAAACCUGUGUUUCACUAAUCUAGGCACAAACAAACUCUCAAUGGAAAACGGAUUUCUUUGGACAAACUGUGCCACGUCCGCUUCUGUGACGUGACGAUUUAAACAAGGCUAAAUAAGCCACGUAGAAGCCGGAGAGAACUCGAAAGAGAAGAAGGAACUCGUUUGAGCAACUUGCAGUACUGUACAUAGCCCAGGAUGGGAAACAUUAUGAGACUAACAAAGUCGUGUUUUAUUGUGCUUGCUGUGAUUCCUUUCUGUAGCUCAAAAUCUGGGUUUAUUAAAGACCAGGGUAUGAACGUGGUGUUUCCUCCACUGGUGAAGAGACACGGGUCUGGGAUACCAGAGGGGCAUCUUCGACCCUUAGGUCACCAAAGGUCACCUGACGGUCAAGUAGAACAAGAAAUGAUGCUCACACCUCAGGAAUUCUACGACAUGCACGUGCAUAGAGGGGAGCCUGUUGUUUUCCGUAAAGCUAUUAUGGACAUCCCAGCCCUGACCAAGUGGGGCCAAGAUGAUGAAGACAAAUAUCUCAAUGACAAAUAUGGAGAUCUAGAUGUCUUAGUCACUGUGAAAAAGGAAGUCUUUAAAAAAGGACCAAAAAAGAUGAAACUGAGUCAGUUCCUUAGCGACUACAUGUACGAGAAUUGGUACCUGUCAACCACAGCACCGCAGCAAAUGAUGCAGGAAUUGGUGCUACCAAAGUGUUUGCAGUGCGGGACAUUCAGGAAGUAUCUCCAGGAGAGCGAACUGUGGAUGUCCAGCGGUGGGACAACAUCCAUGUUACAUUAUCACGCUGACCACAACCUUCACUGUGUAGUGACGGGGAGGAAGGACUUCAUUCUUAUUCACCCUGAACACAAGGAGACUUUUGAAAUGGUUGAACAUCCAGCUCACUCAGGUCAUGGCUACUCUAAGAUAGACAUGGACAUGGUGAAUGUAUUCAAGCACCCUGAGAUCACCCAGGUACCCUGGACUUACAGCACUCUCAAGCCAGGGGACUGUAUAUAUGUGCCUGCAGGUCACCUUCAUCAAGUGCGCUCUUAUGGACGCAGCAUAUCGUAUACCAUCCUGUGGGCACCUGUCCCACAAUUCUCUGCCUCUGAUUGUGAGGGAAAACCUGACCGCGACAUUCCUCUGUCUGAGGUCACCUUUACAUGGGCCUACUUCGCUGGAGACAAGCAACUUUCUAAUGCUCGUUUGAAUUCAGAAAGUCUACGGCAUCAUCUUCUGGCUUUACUAAGAAUGGAUUCAGCUCUCUCAUAUGAGCGCUGGGCAGCAUUUUAUGAAGAAGUUAUGGCACAGAUGGACGAUUUUCCAGAUGCAGAUGAAGUGUUUCAAAUUCUUAACUCAAGUGACAAAAGUUACCUUACUAGAAAAGAACUUUUAGAAAUGGAGAAGAGUAAACUGCAAAAAGUUGCAAACAUUCUCAACCUGCCACAAGGCAGCAGCACAAUCCAAGAGGAGCCACGUCCCAGGGAUGAGCUGUAGAUGUAGUUUGAAUUCAUGAAGCAUAUCAUUUAUUUACAUUUCAGAAGUUAGUCAACUGUUAUGAAAGACCCUGUUGAUAUAUUUAAGUUAAUUAAUUUAUGAAGAAAAAAAUCCCAUCAAUAUAUGCUCUGUAUAUUUUAUAUUUUUCUCUCUGGCUAUUAAAUUGAUUAUUAUGAAUGGCCAUGUAUUUUUUCAUGAUAAACUUGAAAACAUGCUUGAGUAUAUUUUUGUAAUUCAUAAAUGUUGAGAUAGAAAUACAUGCUGAAAGGUUAUGUAAGUCUUGUAUUAAAAAUUGUAUUAGUCCAUUAAAUUUCAUAUCAAUAAAACACACAAUUUAUAUCUUUUAA